AUGCGGUCAAAAAUUGAAAAGGAGGCAAGGAAAUAUUUGCUGGCACAAACCAAAGACGUCAAGGUGCCUGAACAUGCCGCAUGGUUCAACAUGGACACCAUUCACAACAUUGAGCGCGUGGCAUUGCCUGAAUUCUUCACCGGCAAAAACAAGUCAAAAACACCCACCGUCUAUCAACAUUAUCGCGAUUUUAUGAUCAGCACUUACCGUUUGAAUCCCAAAGAAUACCUUGCCAUCACCGCAUGUCGACGUAACUUGGCAGGCGACGUGUGUGCCAUCAUGCGCGUGCAUGCCUUUUUGGAACAAUGGGGGUUAAUCAACAGUGAGUGUGACCCUUCGACUUGGCCUUCAGCGGUUGGACCUCCGUUUACUGGUCAUUUUCGAGUGACGGCAGACACCCCACGAGGAUUACAACCGUUCAAACCGAAUAUCAAGCCUCAGGUCGCCAAUAAAGGGGAACUUGGGAUGAAUGUCGAACUUCGUCAGAAAUUAUUCGAUCAAGCGAGUGAAACGGCCGCCAAGCAGUAUUUCUGUACCACCUGUGGUGCCGAUUGCACAAGAGAACGAUAUCACAGUCUGAAAACCAAGCAUAUGGAUUUGUGUCCGGUGUGUUAUAAGGAAGGCCGGUUCCCUUCGUCGGCAUACAGUAGCGAUUUCAUCAAAUGCGAGCCCGCACCGUUCAAACACGCGGAAGAUGACGAAUGGAGUGACCAAGAGACGUUGCUAUUAUUGGAAGCGAUUGAAAUGUUUGAUGACGACUGGAAUGCGAUCGCCGAACAUGUGGGCACACGUACACGGGAGCAAUGCAUCAUGUACUUUUUACAGCUUCCUAUCGAAGAGCCAUAUCGUUCGACGUUACCCUCUUCCACAGCGAUUGAACACAAACGUGCUCCUUUCGCUCAGGCCGAUAACCCUGUCAUGUCGAUUCUGGCAUUUCUCGCCUCAGCGGUGGAUCGGGACGUUGUAUCAGCGGCAGCGGAAGCGGCUAUUGAAUGUCAGGAACAACUGGCAAAGAAGCGUAAAUCAACAGACAUGGACGUCGACAAGGAACCUACCACGGGUGCCGAGACCGAAUCGAAUAAAAAGCCUCGCACAGCAUUGGAAAAGGCGGCCACGGUUGCCCUCGGUUCAGCGGCCGCGAAAGCGAAAUCUUUGGCGAGUAUCGAAGAACGAGAAAUCCAACGAUUGGUGCAUGCUGUAGUGGAUACACAAGUGAAGAAAUUGGACCUGAAGAUGAAUCAUUUCCAGGAACUGGAGGCUGUUUUAGAGAACGAACUGGAAUACAUUUCACAGCAACGUGAACGUUCCUUUUUACAACGUUUGGCUGUAAAAAAGACGUUGGCUUUACUACAACAGGAGAUCAGUCAAAAAGGCGGCAUCGAAGGAUUGGUCAAUAACGGUUUGACUCCCGAACAGUUGCAACAGUUUGUGAGCACCAAUUUGGUCGACGAACACUAUCACAUAACCGAUCUUGGCGCCAUGUCGGAAAAGGAACUGCAAUAUCCUGUGCCGUCGGAUGAUCGAUCCUUGCUCUCACUAUAA